AUGAGAAAAGUUUUUGAGAAAUCCAUUUGGUGUUUUAACCCUCAAACCGUUAAAUGGACUUUAGAAACUAAUCUGCCUGAAUCGCGUAGAGAUUUUGCCGUAAUUGCUGUUGAUAAUGAAACGAACAUAGCGUGUAGUGAAAUGUUAGAAGAGCAUGACAAGGGGUUUUAUGUCAUUGGUGGUGAGGGGGUUAAUGGCACUCCACUUAGUUCAGUGUGGUUUUACAAUAUCAAACGUAAAAUAUGGAUAAAGAAACCUUCAUUGAAUAUGGGACGUUACGGCUUAGCUGCUGCCAUGGUAAAUAACGAGAUUUGGGUAGCAGGCGGUAUAAUCAAUGACAAUACUGUUGGUAUUUGUGGCAACGGCAGCAGCCACGGAGAAACUAUAAAUGCCACAACGGCAACAAAAACAACAACAACACAUGUAAUCACCGAUACAAUAGAGAUUUACAAUUUAAAAUGUACACAUGAUGAAAUAUUGGCCAAUAAUCAAACAAAAGUUUUUUCAAAAGUUUGUGAAAGUAGUCGUCGAUGUAAAGAAGAAGGAGGCGGUGAUGUUGAAAGCAACAAGGAAGAAGAUGAAGGAGUAGUUAUUGGGGAUUCUAAUAUAAAUUGUGAAAAUUUGAAAAGUAGAACGGAGAAUGCUGCUGCUGCUGCUACUGUCAAUGUUGAUUGUAAUGUAGGCCAUUGGAUUAAAUCUAAGCUGCAUUUACGUUUACCCCGGUAAGAGGAUUAUUGGUUAU